UCGGAACGAUACACCUCCUUUGAAGUUCGCCGUUAAAGCAUAGGAUCCGAGCUUUCUGUAUUAACUGAAGUAUUUUUCUCCUGUCACACUGAGAAACGGUGUGUAGAUAUAUCAGAGAGAUAUGGCCGAAUCUUUAUCUCGCCUGGGCAAAUUCUUUCCGUUUUCAAAGCUCUUCAGGCAGCUUGAGGCUGAAAUGGAAACUGUGGUUAAAGUUCUGCAGCCUGGACCCUUGGGAAUCAUAGAACACAAGUUCUCUGCAGAGGAGAUACGACAUGCAAAUGCUACAGUUAACAGAGCUGUUGAGAAUUGGCGAAGAAAUGCAAGCCUAGAUCAGGGAAACCGAGUUAUAAAGGAUUUUAUUCACAAGUGAGGAUCGUUUGCUGCUAUAGUUUAAAUUAUUGUAUUAAGUCAAAUUUUGUAGAAUUUCUGAGCUCAACUGUGAGUGCUUCUAAGUUUUAGAAUACCAUUUCUAUGAAUUUAAAAAAAAAAAAAUGCUUACUGAAUCAGUUCUAUUUGGUAUUGGAAAUGACAUGAUGUUGCAUACAUAAGUAAAUAUACAUUUUGUGAGA